AUGGCAUUUCACCGACAGGGCCGACGAGUGACCCAACAAACCAACACUACACAAGACAAACCAACACUACAGCAGACAAACCAACACAACACAAGACAAACCAACACUACAGCAGACAAACCAACACUACACCAGACAAACCAACACAACACAAGACAAACCAACACUACACAAGACAAACCAACACUACACAAGACAAACCAACACUACACCAGACAAACCAACACAACACAAGACAAACCAACACUACACAAGACAAACCAACACUACACCAGACAAACCAACACAACACAUGACAAACCAACACUACAGCAGACAAACCAACACUACACCAGACAAACCAACACAACACAAGACAAACCAACACUACAGCAGACAAACCAACACUACACCAGACAAACCAACACAACACAAGACAAACCAACACUACACAAGACAAACCAACACUACACCAGACAAACCAACACAACACAUGACAAACCAACACUACACAAGAAAAACCAACACAACACCAGACACACCAACACUACAGCAGACAAACCAACACAACACAAGACAAACCAACACUACAGCAGACAAACCAACACAACACAAGACAAACCAACACUACAGCAGACAAACCAACACUACACCAGACAAACCAACACUACACCAGACAAACCAACACUACACAAGACAAACCAACACUACACAAGACAAACCAACACUACACCAGACAAACCAACACAACACAAGACAAACCAACACUACACAAGACAAACCAACACUACACCAGACAAACCAACACAACACAUGACAAACCAACACUACAGCAGACAAACCAACACUACACAAGACAAACCAACACAACACAAGACAAACCAACACUACAGCAGACAAACCAACACUACACCAGACAAACCAACACAACACAAGACAAACCAACACUACACAAGACAAACCAACACUACACCAGACAAACCAACACAACACAUGACAAACCAACACUACACAAGACAAACCAACACAACACCAGACACACCAACACUUCAGCAGACAAACCAACACAACACAAGACAAACCAACACUACAGCAGACAAACCAACACAACACAAGACAAACCAACACUACACAAGACAAACCAACACAACACAUGACAAACCAACACUACACAAGAAAAACCAACACAACACCAGACACACCAACACUUCAGCAGACAAACCAACACAACACAAGACAAACUAA